GAUGUGACGGACCCCCCACGUCUCCGUGCGCGCGCACGUACACGCGCGCAGCAACGACGUCACACGGUGGGAAUGCAGUGAGGAUCUGCGGCCGCCGCUGCUGCUGCUAAAGGCCUCUGGAUCCGGGAUAAAGUAGGUUAGCGACGUCGAAGCAGAAAGAAAGUUUCUCCGGGACAACUUUCCCCGGCCUGGGAGCGUUUGGAUGGAGGCGUAGGUCGUGUUGGUGUGGCUCAUUUCACACGAUGACAACGAGGGAGAGAGGAGGCUCUCUGUAACGGUACUGUGAAAGACACCUGCCAUGUCCGGUCCCACCUGGCUGCCACCGAGGACUCUGGACAGCCCAGAGCGAGCCGCCCCCCAGAUGUCCCACUCUGCUGGUGGAGCAAUCUAUCGAGCCCCUAUGAAGAAGGGCACGCCCGAUUUCAGACCAAAAUAUGGUUCUCACGAUCAGAAUGGAGGAGGAGGAGGAGGAGGAGGGAUGGCCAACAGGUACAUGGCAACUGGGCCCACAGGUGGACCCAUGCAUCAUUCAUCUGGUGAUCACUAUUACCCUUCUCCGCACGGUCCUAAAGAAGACCGCAGUUGGAGCCCUCACAUGGACAGCUAUGAGAUGAUGCAUCGUGGCCCAGAGAAGCCAGCAAACUAUCACUCCAAAAUCGAUGCCGAAAUUGACUCCCUCACCAGUAUGUUGGCUGAUCUGGACAGCCACCCGCAGGACUCCAGCACUCAACUCUAUGACAACGUGCCUUACAACAAAUACCUCUCAGCGGAUCACUACAAGCCUGCACACCAGAGCGCUGCCCCUCCUCAGGGUCGCCCAUCCAUGAGCUACAACCCUCAUCCCCAGAGCCAAUACCACCCAGCACCUCCCUACCCCAAUGAGCAUCAGACACCUCAGUACUCCACCUCCCACCAGCAGGACUACUACACCACUUCUACCCCUAAACCUUACCCUCAGCCCGUCCCAGCCUCCUACACCACAGCGUCCACUCCUACGGGGCCCAGGUUCAGCGUCCAGGUCAAGACAGCGCAGCCAGUCACCUACUCUCAGACGGGGAGGCAGGCUGAACAGGCAUACACUCCGCCUCCUCCUCGCCAGCACGUGUCACGACCCCUGCCCCAGACUCAAACCGCUCCCCAGGGCUGGUACCCUCCACAUCCCGGCUCACAGGUUCAGGAGAUGCACUCUGAGGGGGGGUAUAAGGGGAACGGCUCAGGGUUUGGAGGAAGAGUUAACCAGCUUCCAGUAUCUAAGAGAGCGAUGGAAAAUAAUCAGAGUGGGUCGGGAGCCGCACAGGGUCCAGGUUAUCAGUCGAGCAAGCAGGGGGCAGCAACGACCAGGCCUGAGGAAGAGCUGGAUCGGCUCACCAAGAAGCUGGUGUAUGAUAUGAACCACCCGCCUGCUGAGGACUAUUUUGGUCGCUGCGCCCGCUGCGGCGACAACGUGGUCGGCGAUGGCAGCGGCUGCAUCGCCAUGGAGCAGGUUUUCCACGUGGAGUGUUUCACGUGUAUCACCUGCCACGCACGUCUGCGAGGGCAACCCUUCUACGCUCUCGACAAGAAGAGUUACUGCGAGAGCUGUUACAUCAGCACACUAGAGCGCUGCUCAAAGUGCUCCAAACCCAUUCUGGACCGCAUCCUGCGAGCCAUGGGGAAAGCCUACCACCCUCGCUGCUUCACGUGUGUCAUUUGUAACUGCUGUUUGGACGGCGUGCCCUUCACAGUGGACGCCACGUCUCAGAUACACUGCAUAGAGGACUUUCACAGGAAGUACGCGCCGCGCUGCUCGGUGUGUGGGGAGCCCAUCAUGCCCGAGCCGGGGCAGGAGGAGACCGUCAGGAUUGUAGCCCUGGACCGCAGCUUCCAUGUUAAUUGUUACAUUUGUGAGGAAUGUGGUCUCCUGCUGUCGUCUGAAGGCGACGGUCGAGGCUGUUACCCGCUGGACGGCCACAUCCUGUGCAAGAGCUGCAGCGCACGCCGCAUCCAGGACCUCUCGGCCAAAAUCUCCACCGACUGCUAACGAAUCUCUACCUGAACCUCCUCGCUCCCGGCCUCACAGAUCCACAGACAGCCGGCGCAUUAUUGAUAGCAGCUUGUUCACUCACAGUGUCAGUAGAAAAUCGUUACUUUAAUUUCCUCCUCACUAGUGUUCGGCUUCUCCCGCUUCAUUUCCUUUACUAUUUGGGUACAUCGUUUGUAAUGUUUAGCUCAGCGUUUGUACGACAGUGGCCUGACCUGCAGGCAGCUUGGGCUCCACUUUAUCAAUCAUCCACUCUGGUACUGCCCACAUAUUCCUUGCACAUGUCAUUUUAUUUUAUUUUUAACACUUUCAAAGACAAUGAAAGCACACAUGGAUGUUACAGAUUUCAAUCUGAAAAUAAUGAUUUUUUUCCACAUAAGGGACACACGUGAUAAUCAGGAUUGUGGUUUGAAUGAACCAGGCUAGAGAGUAGGCAGCGUUUUACAUCGAAAUGCAUAUUAAAAGCACACAAAAACAACUGUGACUGUACAUAACAGGUGGGUUUGAGUGAAUCUGCUGCGGGUUGUUUUGGAACGCGUGUAGCCUGUAGUGCAGUGCGGUGGCGUAGCCUGAUAGAGCAGGAAAUGUAGACGAAAAGAAUGUGUAGCAGUUUGACAGCCAAUAGCUUAUUUUUCUUUAGAACGAGAUUUGUUAGGACGGGUUCUUUGUCACGCUUCUCAGCAUUACGGCAUCAUGUUACUAGUCGCUUACUCAUAACUUGUAAUAGGACUCUUUUCUCUCUUUUUUUUUUUUUGCUAUUUGUGAAUGUCUACGAAACACAAUCUUUGUUUGAUGCUUGUUUGUUUGAUACUUGACAUGUUACAUUUAAAAUGACGGUGCAAUGAAGUCAAACUCACUUUGUCUAAUGGAAAACAGGGUGUGGCUCACUUACGAGGCAUCCUGGUGUGCAAAAGCUCGAAGCCUCUUGUAAAGAGUUUGUUUAAUGUGCCAUUUGGGGAAACGUUAAAAAGGAAAAAAGCAUUUCAAAGUGAUAAUCUGUUUAAAGGAGCAGAUGACUUAUGGACUAUCGUUGCGACGGUGCGUUCACACCAGACGCCAAGCAGAGGUUUCGCUCAGCACGCUUGCAAACAGAGUCUACAAAAUGAGGCGGAUUUGUACCGGACGGCGUGAAAAGACUUAAAUGAGGUAAAAUAUUUGAGCUUUCACGCUGUGCUGCAGAAGCAAAUCAAGCCACGCUCUCCUGGUGACUGCAUGUUCUCUCACAGUCCGGCCUACAGUCAGGACAAUCUUACAGAGAUCUUUGCUUCACACAGAAAAGGGAGCGAUAUCGUAGGACUUGGUGGUUUUUCAUGAAACUCUGCUCCUCCUCGUCUUGUUGAUUCACAGGUUUUUAAUGCGGCUACAUUCACGCAAGCGAUAUGAAGCAAAACUUGUGUUUCUUGUUUGGUGUGAAGGCACCGUUAGGGGGUAAUGAGUGGUGAAUUUAAAGGGGACCUAUUGUGCUGUAAUUUUGAACUCAAGUUGAGCAGCUUUGCAUGAUUCAGUCUGAAAUAAUCAAAAAGUUACUUUCUCUGUCUGAGCUGUUUUUGCUCCUCCCCUUCUUUUAAAACCAGCUCUGUUCUGAUUGGCUGCCCCUCACAAACAAAUGGUUAGACCAGCAGGUGGCUUAUGUGCCUAUGAUUAAGCCUUCUCUAUGACAUCACCUACAGUUUAGCACAGUAAGUGGAAACAAAGAAGUAAAGAAAGGUAUGAUAGGUUCACCUUCCUUUUAAGGUGAUGACUUUGUUUAGCCCCCUUAAAUGGAGUUUUUUUGUUUUCGAUUACAAGUCUUCACUUAUGGAGGCAAAGUAGUCAUACUCUGAGCCUUUGGAGCUACAGUAUUUGUUAUAAUUGUGUUUAACCUCUUGUCUCUCCGUCCGCAUUUUGUACGUGUUUAACUUAAAGGGCUAGAAAUGUGAAAGCCUUACCUCAAGGAUGUCAUUCAGCUCCAUAACUGUCCUGAUUUGAAACUGUUUUUGUUUUUGUGUUUCUGUGAAUUCUGCUUUUGUUUCGGUGACACAACACGAUCACUUUAAAACGC